CUGCAAGCUGUGGUGCUCUUGAACAAGGUGGUGGCCACUUUCUCAGAACCUCACGCUCUGGCUUCAAGUGAACAAAACAAGGUCCUAAAAAUGGAUACUCCUGGCGAUCAAGAAGCUCUCUUAAGAGGAGACACUACUGACCCAGAGACUUCAAGACAGAGGUUCAGGAGGUUUCGUUACUCAGAAGAGGCUGGACCCAGAAAAGCCCUGAGUCAACUCUGGGAGCUCUGCAUUCAGUGGCUGAGACCAGACAUUCACACGAAAGAACAGAUUUUAGAGCUUUUGGUGUUUGAGCAAUUCCUGGCCAUUUUACCUGGGGAGAUCAGGAAUUGGGUAAAGUCACAACAUCCUGAGAGUAGUGAGAAGGUGGUGACCCUAGUAGAGGAUUUGACCCAAAUGCUUGAAGAAAAGGAAGAUCCGCUCUCUCGAGAUUAUUUCCUUUCCCAAGAGGAGAACCCAGAAGAAGAUAAAAUGGCUGUUGUUCUUCCAAAUGCUGAGUCCUUGGAAUCCAUGGCAUUCAAGGAUGUGGCUGUGAACUUUUCCAGAGGAGAGUGGAAGAGGCUGAAGCCUUUUCAAAAGAAGCUAUUUAUGGAAGUGCUGCUGGAGAACUUUAGGAACCUAGAAUUUCUGGGCUUUCCAGUUUCCAAACUAGAAUUGAUUUCACAGCUGAAGUGGGUUGUAAUGCCAUGGCUGCUAGACAAAGAAGUCUCAAAAGGCUCCAGACCAGAGUGUGAUCCUAUAUGUGAAUUGAAGAAAUUCAUUCCAAAUCAUGAUGUUUUUAUUGAAGACUUGUCUCUGGAUACAAUAAUGGAAAGUUUCUUAAGGGGUGAUAAUUGUGACUUAAUGAUGGGAGAAUCCUCAGAAUGUUAUGACAGAUUAGAAGAGGAUCGUAGCAGUCAUGAAUAUUCACAGGAAACAGUCACACAAAAGAAAACUCAUGAGAGAGUCAAUAAAGAUGAAGAAUUUGGUGGAAGCCUCAAUGUGAGGUCAGUCCUUGCCCCUGAAAAAAGCCUCCUUGGAAAUAAUUUCAAACAAACUUCGGACGUAAUAAAACAUCUGAGAGUCUACUUAAGGAAAAAAUCUUGGAAGUGUAAUGAGGGCAAGAAAUCCUUCAGUUUCCAUUCAGACCUUGUUCUGAACUGCAAAGAACACACUGGAGAAAAAACACGGAAAUGCAAUGAAGGUGGAAAAGCCUUUAGUCACUCUUCAUCUCUUAUUAGACAUCAGAAACAUAAGAAAAUUCGUUCGGCAGAUAAGUCCCAGAAGUGCAUUCACUGCGGUGUAGCCUUUACUGAAAGCUCAUCCCUUAGUAAGAGAACUGAUGGAAAAAAUGCCUCUACAUGUGAUAAAUGUUGGAAAGAUUUAUGUCAGGAUACAACCUUGAAUAAAGGUGAGAGCACUGAGUCUGGAGAAAAAAACCAUAAAUGCAGUAAAUGUGGAAAAGCCUUCAGCUAUAGUGCAUCACUCACUAAACAUCGCAGAAUUCUCACUGGGGAAAAACCCUAUAUGUGCGAUGAAUGUGGAAAAGCUUUCAGUGACAGUUCAUCACUCACACCACCCCAUAGAACUCAUAGUGGAAAAAAACGCUACAAAUGUGAUGAUUGUGGAAAAGCUUUCACCAUGAGUGCCCAUCUCAUUAAACAUCAGAGAGUUCACACUGGAGAAAAACCCUACAAGUGUAAAGAUUGUGGGAGACCAUUCAGUGACAGUUCAUCUCUUAUUCAGCAUCAGCGAAUUCAUACUGGAGAGAAGCCUUAUACAUGUAACAAUUGUGGAAAAUCCUUCAGUCAUAGCUCAUCCCUUUCAAAACAUCAGAGAAUUCAUACUGGAGAGAAGCCCUAUAAGUGUGGUGAAUGUGGAAAAACCUUUAGGCAGACUUCUUGCCUUACUCGACAUCAGAGAAUUCAUACUGGAGAAAAACCGUAUUUAUGUAAUGAUUGUGGGAUGACCUUUAGCCAUUUUACAUCUGUUAUUUAUCAUCAAAGACUUCAUUCAGGAGAAAAACCCUACAAAUGUAGCCAGUGUGAGAAAGCCUUCCCUACCCAUUCACUCCUUAGUCGUCAUCAGAGAAUUCAUACUGGUGUAAAGCCUUAUAAAUGUAAAGAAUGUGGGAAAUCCUUCAGUCAGAGUUCAUCUCUUAAUGAACAUUAUCGAAUUCAUACUGGAGAGAAACCCUAUGAAUGUACCUAUUGUGGAGCAACCUUUAGUCGAAGCUCAAUCCUUGUAGAACACGUAAAAAUUCACACUAGGAGGAGAGAGUAUCAGUGUAAAGAAUGUCAGAAGACAUUUAAAAGUAAUUCAGGCCUCCUCAAACAUCGAGGAUUUCACUCAGUAGAGUAAUUCUGGGAGUAUAAUAAAAUGGGACAUUUUAGCCAAAACUAUCCCUUAUUUAAAACCUGAGAUACAAACAACCACAACAUUGAUUACUAGCUGUAACUUUGAUAGGUGGGCAGUUAGGAAAAAUAGUACUUUUCCUGUUCAUCCCUCUUGCAAAGGUGUUAACUGCUGGUAGAUAGUAAUUAGAUUUGGUGAAGUCGUGAAAAAUGAGGAAAGUAGUUUGAGAUGUGAAAUGAUUCUAAAAAGCCAAACUUGACUUUAAAAUUCAAGGUGUGGGUGGGGGGAAUUUGUGCACAGGACCACCUUACUAACCUUUCUUCAGGGGAUUUUCCUCUUUUUCUUCUAGCUCCCCUUCCACUGCCAGGUAGUGUAUUGGAAAGAACACUUCACUAGAAUCAGGUAAACUGGGUUCUGUCCCUACUUGCCAACCAACUUGCUGUGUAAUCUUGGGCAAAUUAUUUGACCUUUCUGAAUUUCAGUUCUUUAUUUAACAGUAGAAUGAAGAGGUUAGACUUACUAAUGAUUUCUGUGUCUUCCUAGCUCAGAUAUUCUCUGAAGCUGUGAAAAUGAGUUAACAAUUUUAGAUUAAUUGGAACUUUCAAGUUUCUCCAGUAGAGAGUUAUUCUCACUUAGGUUGCUGGACUUCUGGCUUAGUGAGAUUACAGUAUAUUUUUUGAAUACUUGAUGCAGGAAUCUCUAGAAUACUAUAAAAUGGAAUAGGUCAAACUCAAACGAGUUUGCUUUCAAGCAAUGUUUUAACUGGAUAAAGCACCCCAACCUCUUUUCCUCUGAUUGGCUAAGAUUGGGAAUCCAGAGGGCUUCCACUUGAACCAUCACAGCCAUGAGAGUAACAGUGCUAGGAAAAUAGAGGUGGGGUUGGGGCAGAUGCUGAAAACUCUUGCAAAAUAGAAUUUUGUUUUUUUAAAUCACACUUUUGCCUGUAGCAAGUACAGAUCCCUGUAGUUGGAGUGUAAAUAUUCUGUAUGGCAAAGGUCACAAGCUGUCGGCUCAAGAGUCAGAUUGGGACCUUAGACAUGUUUUAGUUGGUCUGCAUGGAUGUGUGUGUGUGUAAUUAGUUGCUACUAUUUGACAGUCAGGAAAUUUCAUAUUUAAGAAAACCAGGACUUAUUUUGAAAAAUUAUAAGAGCUGACAACACUGGACUCAUAUUUCUAUAGGAUAGUUAGCUGAUCUUGGAUAGCACCUGCCACCUUUAGAUGGAGAAUGUACUCUCCUGCUUGCCAAAUUCUUUUCUAUAACCUGACUGGCCCACGGUAAGAAUUUGAUAUUAUGAUCCCCUCCCAUAUGGAGAAUACAUAUCCAAAAUCUAAAGAGAACCCACUGAUA